GUAUUGAAAUCGUCAAGAAGUGAAGGAAGACCUUUGAAAUCAACUCAUCGUUUGAUUGACUAAUCCUACAUAUUCAACUAAAUCAUGACAGACGCGGCGAUGGAGUCUCUUCUUCUUCAAUCCUAUCGUUAUUGUUGCAGUUGAAAUCUUAGCCUAGUUGACCUCAUAAAAGAGAAGGAAAGAACAACCAAGGUUUUUCCAAUUUGAAGCUAGGGUGUUCUUUGACCAAAGACCUCGAGAAGACUCAACCUUGACUGGAGAAUGGUUUCAGCUAGUGAUGCUAGAGGCACAGAGGAUGGUGGGGAAGAUUUAGGGUCAGGGACUGUUCAAACUGAAAUCAAGUCUCAUGUUGGCAUUAACGUAUCUUCAUCUCAAAGGGGGCUGUUAGGCCAUGAAGAGACUCAAAAAGGUGCUUUGGAUUUGCUAACACCUCUUCCUAGUAGAGUUGGUUUCCUGAAAUUUGCUUCAGCUACUCUAUCAUCUCCAUCAGCCAAGUUCUUGCAAGUUGCUGAGGGAAGGGAUCAAAUUUCACGUUCAGUUCCUUCUUCAUCUUCUCACGGUUUCAGGGAUCGUGUUAAUUUGAUCUUAGUUCGUAAAAUUGAUUGGGUUUCUCUGGGGAAAAUCUGCAAAAAAUGGAUUAGAGACCCAAUGAACGUGGCCCUACUUGUUUGGAUUUCCUGUGUUGCUAUUUCAGGUGCAAUUCUGUUCCUUGUCAUGACAGGAAUGUUGAACCGUGUUUUACCGAAGAAAUCCCAAAGAGAUACCUGGUACGAAGUCAAUAAUCAAAUCAUCAAUGCCCUCUUUACUCUGAUGUGUCUUUAUCAACACCCAAAGCGAUUCUACCACCUCGUGCUUUUAUGUAAAUGGAGGCGAGAAGACAUAUCUAAGCUCCGAAAGAUUUACUGCAAGAAUGGCACUUAUAAACCCCAUGAAUGGGCCCACAUGAUGGUUGUUGUGGUUCUACUACAUGUGAACUGUUUUGCUCAGUAUGCCUUGUGUGGCCUAAACUUGGGAUACAAGAGGUCAGAACGACCAGCUAUAGGAGUUGCUCUCUGCCUCUCUAUUGCAAUCGCAGCACCAGCAUUUGCUGGUGUGUACUGCAUUGUAAGCCCCCUCGGGAAGGAGUAUGAGUCCGAAAGGGAUGAGGAAGCACAGGAUCCUUUGGCCGCUGUCGACGCUGACAGGUCAAGUCAUCAAAGGGCAAAGUCUUUUCAGAAGAGAUUCUCAUUUCAAUCAAGACAAGAGCAGAGGGUUCCGGAGAACAGACCUGAGUGGAGAGGAGGGUUACUUGAUUUUUGGGAUGAUAUUUCUCUUGCUUAUCUAACAUUCUUCUGUAGUUUCUGCGUUUUUGGGUGGAAUAUGGAGAGACUAGGGUUUGGGAACAUGUAUGUUCACAUUGCGACUUUUCUUUUAUUUUGUACUGCUCCCUUUUGGGUUUUCAAUCUUGCCGCUGUUAAUAUUAACAAUGAGGCUGUUAGGGAAGCAUUGAGCCUCACAGGGAUUGCGCUUUGUAUAUUUGGUUUGCUAUAUGGGGGCUUUUGGAGGAUUCAGUUGAGGAAGAAAUUCAAUUUACCAGCUAAUGAAUUCUGCUGUGGAAACUCCACAAUGACUGAUUGCGCACAGUGGCUUUGCUGUUGUUCAUGCGCUCUUGCUCAAGAAGUGCGAACUGUUGAUUUCUAUGAUAUUGUGGAAGAUAAAUUUUGCAGAAAACAAAUGGAUGAGAGUACCCUGGGGGCACCGUCUCCUUUGACCCACGAAGAUGGAUUAGUUCAGUUACGAUCAAGCCCAAGUCCUCAACUUUGGAAUGGCUCCAGUGCUUCCGAGCUGAUGAAUCUAAACUCUCCAAGCCCUAGCAGAGUUUCCAAUGGAUAUUCUGAUCCAGAAAGGCAGCUGGCUAUGGUGGAGGAAGAUUCUGCCCCAAGAGGCAAGGACAACACUAUGACACCACCGUGUCCAUCAGUGAUACAAAGACAAGAUAUACAGCCAUGACCCUUUUGAAAUGGCACUGUAAACUACGAAAUGCAUGGUGGUGUGUGACUGUGUGGAGACCUAUUUAGUAGUGAGUAAAUUAUUUUUCCCAUACAUGUCCUCUCUCUUAUUAGCAUAUGUAAGUAUCUUUGUGACACCAUUUUUUUUGUCAGAUAAUAAAUUUGGUUUU